UUAACUAUAAUGAAGAGAGUUAUCUAGGAUAUCUUAAUGAAUUUAUAACUUGCUUAAUAUUUCAUACAAGUAGUUAAAUAAUAUAAGUAAUAUAAGUUAAUAAAAAUGUCUUCCCUAUUCAAAUUAAUACCACGAAAAGAAAGAUUAUUGAAAUUCAGGGGUGCGAUGGCACCGGUACUCACGCCUUACGACAAGAAUGGUGAAGUGAAUGUCUCGCAAAUUCCUAAAUAUGUCAAGUAUUUGGUGGACAACAAAGUAGACGGUCUAUACAUAUUGGGUACAAAUGGCGAGGGAUAUAACCUCACGAAUGACGAGCGCCUGUCGAUCGUAAAGGCCUGGCGUCAGGCGCUGGACAAACAUCAGGCAAACUUAGUGUCUGUGGUUAAUGUGAGCUCGUAUUGUGUGAAAGAGGCACUGGAUCUGUCCAAACACGUGGAAAGUAUGGGUUUCGAUGCCAUCGCUGUUUUGCCCCCAAAUUAUUACAAACCUAAUAGUGUUGACGAUUGGCUCAACUUUCUGAAGGGGUUCGAGUACAAUUUGGGUCCAACCCUGAUAUAUCAGUAG